GGUAGUGAGUAGUGAGUGGAGAGAUCACUGAGUAGAAAGCAUCCCUCGUGACUUGUCAUUUCAGACAAACUCUUGACCCUCAUUGACUUCAUCAUCUUCCCAAAAUCCAUUGAUUUCAAGAGAAUUCAUAAUUUAAUCCCCAAUCGCAGUUCUCGAUUUCAAAACGUCGAUUCAAAUUUUAGUUUUACCAAACCCAUCGCCGAUGGAAUUUGUGCCGGAAAACGAGAGAACAGAAUCGUCCGAUGAAGACGAAGAUGAAGAAGAAGAAGAAGAAAUAUGGAGGAAACACUACUCGUCCAGACACCGAAUAUUACUCGUAGGAGAAGGCGAUUUUUCCUUUGCACUGUGUUUGGCCAAACACUUCGGAUCCGCUCGCAACAUCGUAGCUACUUGUCUCGAUUCUCAGGAUGACCUAGAAAAGAAAUACAGCGACGGAAUUAGGAACGUGAGGGAACUAGAAGAAAGAGGAUGUUUGAUAUUCUACGGAAUCGACGUGCGAAAUAUGAGUACACAUUUCUUCCUUAGAACUCAGAGAUUCGAUCGCAUCGUCUACAAUUUCCCUCACGUCGGGUUCCUGUACCGCGAGGACAGUUUCUGCCAAAUUCAAUUGAACAAGGAAUUGGUGGAAGGGUUUCUGAGGAACGCUAAGGUUUUAUUGAAGAAAUUAGAUGGGGAAAUUCAUGUAUCGCACAAGGAAGGGGAACCGUACAACAAAUGGGAGCUGGUGGAGGAAGCCAUGAAAGUGGGGUUGAAGCUGGAGGAAACGGUGCCGUUUCACAAGAAGGAUUAUCCGGGAUAUCAAAACAAGAGAGCCGAUGGAGGUCAUUCCAAUGCUCCGUUUUGGCUUGGCGAUUGCAGUACUUACAAGUUUAAGCUUAAUCACUCUGGCUGAGAUGGCCAUGGCCAUGGCCAUCGCCAUCGCCAUGCCGAUCGAUCAACCACACACUAAUUCAAGAUGAAAUGGAACAAAACUUCUUUCCCCUUCGCUGCUGUAUUGUCAUGACAUUUCACUCUCAUUCCCAUCCAAUGAAAUCAAUUACCAUUUCGCGAUUAGUUUUUCAA